CCAACACUUUCUGUCUCAACGGCCCAACAGGCAGGGUAUGCAGCAGCAGCAAAUGCCUACACAGCUGCCCGCGGCACGGGCUUAUGGAGUGGCUGCGGCAGCCGCCCAACCUGCAGCCGUAGCAGCUUACCCUACCAUUGCCGCUGGAUCGAUCUAUUACAGUGCCUAUGCUGACAGGCCCUACCCGGACCCAUACAUCGCGGCUGCAUCCGGAAUUGGACCAGUGGCAGGCUACGGAGCGGUCUACAGAGGCAGCUACAAUCGAUUUGCACCAUACUGAGGACUUCACAUGUGCAUUCAUCAAAUAACAUGACAAUGCUGUUAUCAAUUGCUCAUUAGAGACUAUGUUGGUCUGUGUGACUGUAUAAUUAUAUAUAAAAAAGGACUCUGCUCCCAGCCCUUGACCAUCUCUUGUAGGAAAGUCCCUUAGAGUGUUAUCACAUUGCUUGGCUGGCAGAGUCUGGCUGUCAGUGCGACACACGAGGACCAAGUAUCCCCUGUGGCAGCUCAUUACUGCUUGCUACUUGGGCUCAUCCAAAAUGACAGCUUAUGGUAAAUGAGGCACAGUUACCUGGAUGCCCCCAUGCCAUGGAUCCAUCAGCAGUUGCUUCCAAAGCCUAAGGACUGGUGGCAGAAUGUUGGUGGUUGUGCGAGUGUGUUGUGUGCCAGACCGGAACUGUUGUUGUUUGAAAGGUGACUGUAGUUGAGUGGCAUCCAGUUUGCACAACAACAGAUGGCUGGGGCUGGAAGGUGGUGUGUUGCCAACCACACCAACCUGACCAACACAUGGACUCUGUGCUGUUGUUACCAUUUUCCCUCUACCAUUUUGUAUGAAGGGUCUUGUAGUGAAUUUCUGAACAAUUUGGAAACCUCAGUUCCAACCCAUGUAGGCCAUUUCUGAGUCAGUGGAGUACCAUAAUUUGUUAUGUUGAGAGUAGGCAUGGCCCAUUUCAUACAGCAAUUAUGAAAUGAUAUAGUGCAUUUUUAAUGUAUUCAACGAAACAUUUGACAAGUGUGACUCAUAUAACCUAUACUUGUACAGUGUAUGUUUACACUCUUAAGAUAUACUUGAUAACCAGUUAUGAAUCUCGACUUCUGAUAGCCCUAUUGAUAUUAGCUAUAGAAUCUCAUUUCCUUUAUUACUUCCACUAAGAGUUUUUAAUUUUUCAUGUCUCAGAGUGCACUGUUUGCACUUGCUAUUUCUGAACGUAAAGUUAUUUUAUACAAGGUGCAAUGUCAGAACAUCAUUCAUCCUAAAGGCAUUGUAUUAAGAAUGUUUUUGGUGUUAUAUAGAUUUUUGUAUGAUGCAGAACCCCACAUAUAAGGUCACAUGUAGGUCCUAAGUCACAAAGGGUAUGAUUCUGU